AUGGCCCCCGACAAACCCCCCCCCCUCCCCCUCGCCCCCGACCGCGCCGCCCUCUCGAACCGCAUCUCCCUCCUCCUCUCCGCCCAGUCCUCCGUCCUCAAAACCAUGAACCAAUCCUCCGGCACCGCAGCCAAGCAUCAACCACCGAGGCAGCACCACCACCGCACGGACGAGGAGGACCUGUUCCGGGAGAACGCCCGCCCAAACGAGGGCGUGGGGUACGUCGCCGACGCCGCCAAGGCCAAGAGCGACGAGGCCGCGAGGGAGGACAGGAUGCUGAGGGGCCGGCUGUUGGGCAAGCGGAAGGAUCUGAAUGCCGGGAGGCGGGGGGCCCGACAGGCGGACGAGGACGAGGAGGAUGACGAGGGCGGCAGGAGCUCGCUGGGGAAGAGGAAGAGGCCGAAGAGGGUAACGGAAACUGCCCAGGAGGCGGUGGAGGUAGAAUCAAGCUCCCAGGCUGGUGAGGGCAACGUGGAGCAAGAUCAAACAGAAGAAGGGCACAAUGACUUGGAUGACACGAGAACGAAUCAGAGUGGUGAGCCAGGUAGUUCCGAUCUACCAGACCACAAUCAGUCGACUGCAGAAGCACAGACAAAGAAGAAGAAGAAAAAGAAGAGGAAGAACAAGAAAUCCAAGAAUGAGGGGGUCUCAUAA